AUGUUGAGAGACGCGGAGGCGGGCUCGGCCUCCGGGUCGAGCGUCACGUCCUUCCCAUCAACCUACCUUCUCCCGCGACUAACUCGGUCCUACAGCGACGGCCUCCUCGUCAGCCAGUGUGACUCGGCAUCGUCACACACUGGCUCGUUGUCAGCGCACGGGAUGCCAACCAACUCACUUACUUGGUCCCCGCCUCGACCGGUAACGUGUGUAAACGUGGCCGCUCCUGCGCCAGCAGUUCAAUCGACGAACGCGUCACAGGUGUCGCCUGUUUGGGCUCUCUCGACGCCUCACCCCACCACGACGGUGACCAGCGCCAGAACUGCCGCCGCGAUGGAGCGCACAAGCGCCAGUCGAGCCACUUGCCGCGUCGUCGCCGGGUGCCGGAUCUCGCCGAAGCUAAGCGAGCUGCUCCGUGCAGCGGCAACGAGGGAAGACGGGGAUGCGCCGUUUCUCGACGUACCAGCCGAGGUGCUCCUGCUGGAAAGCAGUUCUGGUACGCCUAGCACUCAACACACUAGGCGUGGCGAGCCGGCCACUGCGGCUCCGCUCCAGGGCAUCGCACACGCCUACCCGACAGAACCACCGCUGACAGCAACAUCAGGCGCCCAUCGACGCACCUCACCGUUAUCCCCAGCAUCUAUAUCAGCUGCGGAAGCGCUCAUGGUGGACCCCGACGCGCCGCGUUCAAGCCGACAGCACUUGAGCUACAAAAUCCACGCGGCGCCGCGCAAUGGUACCAACAGUGCACGCACAUCCGGCGUCCUCGCGCCGCUCUCCGGCACUGCCACACCACCGACCUCCCCUUUCACUAAAAGCGGUGCUCGGACGCCAGCCUCGUCUCCUGUUGUUGCGUACAGGACAACAGCGCCGCCGUCCAUAACGUCGCCGGUGUCGUUCGGUGGUGCGAUGCUGUUCCUCUUGACUCCAAAGUCAUCGCUUAGUGGCGCCGAGGUCGAAGUCACUCCGGCACUUCUGCUCGGAGGUGGCACCGCCGCCACGCCAAGCGUCCACCCAAGUGCUGCACUGUCUCCCGGUGUGGCGGCGACCGCCACGAGCUCCUUUCCUGCAGCCACAGGCGCACUUCGGCCUCUGCCGUCCAGCACUCCAUCCAAUGCCCACGGCGGUGGCCAGCACGUAGAGGUGCCGUUAUGCUUUCAGGGGUUUGCAGUGUACCGUCACAACCAGCUUGAGCGGCACAUCUCCGUCAGCAGUCGCGGACGUUCGUCACCGGCUGCGUCGGCCGCAGUGACGACCUCGGUGCUGGAGCGGUCACGGCGGACAUCGAGUGUCGCCAGUGCGCUCUCGAUGAGCGGUUUCACCGAUGCCCCGUACGACUUCGACGGUUUCCUCGACGGCGCAGCGGUGUCCUUUGUGGGCGAGGCGGAUGAUUUGCACGGGGACCCACUCUACGGCGGUAAUGACAGUGGGGACACUUACGAGGACGGCGAGGGGUACAGGAUGGUCGAUGACAAUGACGAUGACGGAGACGGCAGCUACCAUGAUGUCGUUCAGAGACGGCAGAGAAAAGUGGUGAUGAAGGGAGCCAUGCCUCCUGCCGCCGCAGUCGCAGCAUCGGAGUCGGAGUCGGAGUUGGAGCUGUCGCAGGGCCAGGAGCUCACAAGCGUGCAAUGGAAGGGCAACGUGUAUACCUGCGCGACAGCAAACUUCAACGUCAGCGGGCCAGUGACGCGCAUCCCUAUCGCGGCGCAUGCAUCAUCAUCGCGGACCGAAAGGCAUCUGCGCAUAUCGCUCAUGCACACCACUGGCAGGUCCAACUCCACGUCUAGCUGCGGCAGCGGGGGUGGUGGCUCGAUGCGUCUCAGCACCUUCGACCGAACCACACUGACGAUGCCGCAGCAGCUGUUCGCGUCGCAAGGGGCACUACUGCGCUCACUAUCGACACAGACGCAUAUCAGCACCUCUGGCGGCAGCCACCGCCUUGCCGGCGUCCGCAGUGGCACCGCGGAGAGCCCGUCCAGUGCGCCGGAUCUGCCCAUGUUCGUAUCGACCUCGUAUUCACCCUGCUCGGGGUCGGCAGCUGCGGCCGCCGGCGGCGGCGGCGGUGCGGAUGACCGAUUCCUUCCUCCACAGGUCGGCAAGGGCUCGACAUGCUCAUGGGAAAGGGUCCGCUGCACCCCAGCAGGCACCGUCGCGCGACCUGCGACGCGGCACUGCAGCACCCGCUGGCACGGGUACAACGACAGCAGGACCACUCGACGCCUUAGUGGCAGCCUCCAUCGACCCUUGAGCAACCUGCUCGACACCCCUGGUGGGGCACCAAAACGUGUCCAGCAGACCCGCAGCAGCUUUGGUGCUGAGGGGCGCACGUGGAGCUCCGAGAGGUGCGGUGAGGGCAGGGGCCGAGGGAGAGACAGAGACAGGCCGAGCAGAGCAAGCAGCGGUGGCGAGAAUAUCAGCUGCAAUCGAAGCUCAGCUCAAUGGAAACGGUUCGUCAUUCGCCCACCGCCACUGCAUCUGUGCAACACGAACAGCAGACGACGGAGGCAUGCACUGGGAUCGCCGGCGGCAGCUGACGGGCACGCUGACGGUGAUGACCGCGCGGCAGACUUGCACGAGUGUGCGGCCUCUGCGUCGCUACUCCCACCCCCCUCUCGCCAGGCUCUUUCAUUGCAGUCACCUGCCACUUCUAGCACGACCACCGGAGCGGCAGCGGAGGGCCAGGAAAGGGAUUUGCACUCAGCGCAUGUGCGAGGCACCACCAUGGUGACCCCAGUGCCGUUGCCACACGAAGACAUCAUGCACACGCAGAACCGGUCGAUAAUGCCCCUCGGUGGCGCCAACGGCAGCAAAGUGCCGAGACCUUUAAGCUGCAGCCAUCGCGAACAGGGGCAGUGUCACCAUCGCCACGGGCCGCACCGGGACUGGUACUUGCGGUUGCCACGGCUAACGCUUCCGUAUGGCACCUUAGGGGUGCUGCUGACGAUGGCCACCCUUGUUGUCGCCCACGUCAUCGUGCAGUGUAUUCUGUCAAACUCGCUCACAGGGCGCCACACGUAUUUCUUCUCAGAAUUGGUUCUCUUUGUGGAGGAUUUCACGCUACUGCCUGUGAUGUCAUGUGAGAUAUUCACCAGCUCGCGGAGUAACGAUCCUGCGCGGCCGAGCCUCCGUGACCUGCACUGGACACCACCUAAGAGCAUCACGCGGUUGUUGUGUGCGGUCAUCCAGUUCAUGGAUCUCACGGAAUCCGUGCCUACGCUCUCACAUGCCUCUCAGAGCCCGUCGGAGUCGCGAGACGAAAAGCGUUGCGCCCCGUUGCGGUGCGACGACAACCUCGGCAACCUCAGCGCCGUUGCCGUGUCCACGGAGCAGCCGCAGCCCAUCACGGACGGAAAUUGGGAGGGCGAGCAUAGUAUGCUCGAGUCCAGCAUGGUCUGUAUCAGUACCAACAGCAGCAGUAUCGCUUUCCGGGGCGACAUAGAGGCAGCACACGUCACUGGCACUCGGACAGGCAUUGCAGGCGGUCUCCUUUGA